AGAAGAAAGAAGGAGGAGGAGGCAUGCACGUUCAAUCUCCCAAAUUUGCAAGUAGUUUUAUUGCACAACUUUGUGGCCAGUCCCACAAAGUUAAAGAGAGUUGUGGGCGUGUGACACCAACUGCUACCAUUCGGAUACUCGCAACCACCACUACAAAUAUGUCGGAUUCUGGAGUCAAUCCACACUUGGAGGGAAUCAUUUCAGAUUUUGAAGCUCUAAAGAGGUCCUUCGAGGUGGAGGACGUUGACACUUCAGCUCAUUCUUCUCCCGGCUCGAGACGCACAACCAACUCCCCCCACCGCAACGCCAUGUCUCCCACCAGCAUCUACUACCGCGACCUGGGCACAGCCGCCUCGGUUACGAACAACAACAACCUCAACUACACCCAACCUCGCUCCAUCAUGGGCGGAGGAGGCUCCAAGACACCCGAGCCCGUGUCACGCCGCUCAGAGCUGUCCAUCGAUAUCUGCUCCACGCCCAGUAAGCAGCUGGAUGCCACAAGCCCCGCAUCCAUACGCUUUGCAACCAACAGCGCCCUGAAGCGCCCCGAGGUCCUUGGUCACUCCAGGACGCCAGAAAUGAGUCACAAGAGGGAGGUCACUUUUGCCAAGACGGACUCCCCCGGGACACGCCGUAACGAAGGCAGCAGUCACACCAACGGGACUAGUCGCACCCCUGAAGCAAGUCACACCCGCAAAUUGGAGCCCCCCAGUCCCGGGGACAUUCGCAAACCUGAAAUCAGCAUCACCAGAGCUCCGGCGGAGAACAACGGCCACCACCCGGCGGUGCACCACCCGCACCAUCCCAAUCCUCACCACAACACCAUCGUCACCACCUUCCGAUGCUCCUCACCAAACCACGCUGGACGCAAAUCGCCCAAUCCUGACCGGUCAGAAGUCAGUCUGAGCCACAGCAACAUGUCCGACUACACCAAGCCGCACCAUCCCAACCCGCCGCACGGCAAAGGGGACAAGGGCCACCACGCCGGCGACUUCGGCUACGUCGGCAUCGACGCCAUCCUGGAGCAGAUGAGGAGGAAGGCCAUGAAGCAAGGCUUUGAGCUCAACAUCAUGGUUGUGGGGCAAAGUGGCUUGGGCAAGUCCACUCUGAUGAACACGCUGUUCAAAUCAAAGGUGAGCCGCAAGUCGGUCGAGCCCAACGCUGAGGACAGGAUCCCAAAGACCGUAGAGAUCAAGUCCAUCAGUCACGAUAUUGAGGAGAAAGGUGUGAGGAUGAAGCUGACGGUCAUCGACACGCCAGGCUUUGGGGAUCAGAUCAACAAUGAGAACUGCUGGAAGCCCAUCAUGAAGUUCAUCAACGACCAGUACGAAGCCUACCUGCAGGAAGAGAUCAACAUUGACAGGAAGAAGAGAAUCCCCGACUCCAGGGUGCACUGCUGCAUAUACUUCAUCCCGCCCACUGGCCACUGUUUGAGGCCUCUUGAUGUGGAGUUCAUGAAGCGUCUCAGCAAGGUGGUGAACAUCGUGCCCGUCAUCGCCAAGGCCGACACGCUCACGCUGGAGGAGAGGGGCUACUUCAAGCAGACGAUAAGGGAAGAGCUGCGAGCCAACGACAUCGAUGUCUACCCUCAGAAAGAGUUCGACGAGGAUGCAGAGGACAGGAUGAUUAAUGAUAAAAUCAGGGAAAUGAUCCCCUUUGCCGUGGUGGGAAGUGACCAGGAGUACCAGGAGAACGGGAAGAGGAUUCUGGGAAGGAGAACAAAAUGGGGCACCAUUGAGGUGGAGAACAUUGCACACUGUGAGUUCGCUUACCUGCGAGACCUCCUGAUCAGGACGCACAUGCAGAACAUCAAGGACAUCACGGGCAGCAUCCAUUACGAGACGUACCGCGUGCGCCGGCUAAACGAGUCCAACAGUCACUUGAGCUCUCACCCGCCCGAGCGUCCACCUGUUCAGCCCAAGGCCAACGGUCAGCCCGAACUGCUUCCGGGCGGCGUCGUGCAAGCCAACGGAGUGGCAAUCCAACAUCAAGUUCUCACUCAUGAAAUGUAGACACGCAUCUGUACGCCCGCUCCGUUUACAUGAACAGGCCCAUUGACACGUGUGUUCUCGGAGUGCGAAUCUCUUUUCCAAAUGGGACUCGUUAUCAUUUACAUACAGUCGAGUUUGGUGUCAUGAUACAACAGGUGUUGGGGUCUGGUAGCCAAUGAGAGCAUUUGAUCCCGCCCUCUAACCAUUCACAAUUUGUAGAUGGCUCAUGCGAAUUAGGAUGUUGGGUGCGCUGGAAUGAGCAUGCCCGCUGACUAUGAGCGUGACGCAGGGGAUUCGUUCGCCCCCGCUAAGCCAAUCGCAGCGCAAAUGUAAAUAAACUAGCAUUCGCAUUCACCCGUAAGGACAAUUUAGAGUUUAACUUCACAUUCAAAGCACGUUUUUGGAAUGCAGGAGGAAACAAACAUCUGCACAGGGACAGCAUGCAAACCCUACACAGGAGGGCCGGAGCCAAGAUUUGAACCCCCAACCUCGGAACGAUGAGGCGGCAAUGCUAACCACUUGAGAGGGCGGGGGGAGACGCCACAGGAACUGCAGUCUAAAAAUCCCACAAACUAAAACCGCAAAUGUUCAAUAUUCUCCUACAUAAAAUUUAGGACGUUGUUUCAAAGACCUGUGAGAGCUCCACCGUAAAGGAAAAAAGCGAGCAAGAAUAAUUGUGAAAGUAAGAUUAAAUAAGGGUGCAGCAAAAGUCAAGAAAAAGUUUUGAGGGGCCAAAAAUUGUAAGUUGUCGGGACUAAAGAUGAAAAUCAUAAUAUUACGGGAUUAAAGUUAAAAUCUAAAGAAGUACUUUUCUGAAAAAAAAUUGAAACUUUAAUCCUUUGGCAUUAUGCGAUUUUUUUAUUUUUGAAAACUCCCACUUUUUUAAACAAACCCCCGCCCCCGAACUUUAUUCUUGUAACAUGCUAUUUUUAAAUAAAAUAUAAAUGACUUCAUUCUCACAAGAUUUUUCUCCAACUUUUGUCAAUCAACUUUUGUAAAGCAAAAUACCACUUUGAUCUUGCAUUAUGACUCUUUUCUUGGGGGGGGGGGGUAUUUUCAAGAACAUACAGCUUUUUCCCUUCUAAAAAAGAAAAACCCACCCCCCAAUCUUCUAACUGUGGCCCUGUGUUAGGCCCGCAAAAGGUGAUAAACAAGCACAGGGCGUACGCUCACAUGGCAUUUAAACAUCACUUACGGUGAAAAUAAACCCACGUUUUGUACUCUAGAUUAGCUCUGCUACGUGCCAGCCGUCUGGUUUUAUUUUGUGUUGUCAUCCACGUACCGGUAGUUUUAUUGUGUCAGGAUCGUUGAAGUAGCGUCUUCGUAUCAAGCAGGAAGUCCAGACCAAAUGCGGCACUUCCAAACUGCAAAUCGACAAAAGGGAGCAAGAGUGGGAGCAGCUCUUGGUUUAAACUUUAGGGUUUGUCAUAUUUUUUUCCCUUGGUGUGAUGCUUUAAAAAAAAAAAAAUUAUCGCCUCACUGUCUUGUCUCAGAUAGAAAGCAGUCACCUUGUACUUUACGGUGUUGAUUUACUUGUGUCUAUGUAUUCAUCUUGCUCUAACGUUAUUGUACGCAAACACGUGCCAUCCUUUUUUCCCUUUCUUUGGCCUGUAAAGCGUUAUUAAAGUCCCUUUUUUUUCGUAUGAUAAGGAAUGAGUAUAUGUUUAAUGAAGCCCAUUCUUCCAACAACCGGGAGUACAACUGUUGAAUUCAACAGGUGUGUGGGAGAGUACAUAGCAACAAGGUGUCAGGCUGCGCUUUAAGCGUGAAAGGACCUACUCGUGUGGUGCAUGUGUGUCUUCAUCUUUCGUAAAGUCUAAGUCAUUUGUGACAUUAGAAAGCGUGCCAAUUACAUUGCAAGCCAAAAUAGUUUAGUUCGAGUCGCAUGUUUUGCUGUCGUUCAGAAAUGUGUGCCAUGAUACUUCCUUAAAACCACAUCAGAAACGGCUUUCAUUUUUUUCCCGUUUCAUUUUUAUUAAACACGGUCAAGGGACAUCUUUUUGCAUUUCCGUAAUUGUCGUCCAAUCAGCUGAUCAAAUGCCCACACGGAAGUUAUCUUAUCGCUGCUUUAUUAUGAACCAAGGGAGUACAAUUCCAUGUCCAGAAGUCCGGAAGUUAUUGGUUACUCUUUGUUUACUGUUGUAUAAUUCAUUGUUAUUUGUGACCGUAUACUCGAGUUAAGGUUUUGUCUUUGAUAUGUUAUGCUCGAACAAUAAAGGUGGAUUUUUUUUUUUGUUUAA